GAACUACCAAGGCAGCUCGUCGCCGCGGGGACACGAGCUGGCGCUCCAGAAGUUUUUUUUAUUUUUAACUUAGUGCCAGCACAGGAUGUCGAUGUCCAUGAUCUUGAAGGUCAAGGUCUUUUAUUUUUAACCCUGAACACCAAUAGCCUGAGCCGUCAUCAAGCAUCAAAGCAAAAUGUCUUCGCCAGACCGGGAGAAGCAGUUGAAAGCCGCGUUGGCUGCGAAAUUGAAAACCGGUGGUAUUGACGUGCACCAAGCGGCGAAGCAAGUGUUAAUGACCAACAAAGCCACACGCGCUGCCAACGCCGGUUUCGGGAAUAAAAAUCCCCGCUCGCCAGCGUCUGUUGCAUCAAGCCCUCAAGGUCCUGCGGGCGGCUUGGUCGUGAACAAAAGUGGUAGAACGUCCAGUCAAGAUGCAGGAGGACUAGUAUCUUCGUCCACGACUGCGGAUCAUGAAAAUGUGUUUGUCCGGACCUACAAGAACGCCCUGGACUCGGCACUGCAUACGGGCGAAUUGAACGCGGACAACAUCCUUGGGACAACUGAAGCUAGUGGUUCAUCUUCAUCGCAUGUUUUUCACAACAACCCGCAUUUGAUCCCGGUGGUGCUCGCGAACGUGUGCAAAUUGGCUGAACUUCUUAUCGGCGACGAGGGUGGUGCGAAGAUCCCGGAUACGGCGGAAAAGUGGCAGGCGUUUUUGCAGCGGAGUAUCGGGGAGAAAUUCUUGCAGAUGGAGGAAAAAACGCUGCAAUUGGAGGAAAAAUUGUUGGACUGCGAAGAGAAGCUGGCGGACUCUGCGGCAGUGGUGAAGAAGCACGAGGAGGAAAGGAAAGAAUUGGAAGCGCUGCGGAAAGCGCAUGCGGAAGUUUUGCAGCAAAGGGACGACGCGGUUGCGCGGGAAAAGAACGCGAUUGUGGAGCAGGAAGCGCAGCAAGUCGCGGAACUGCGGCGGUUGCAGGAACAGAAUUUGAGGCUGUUUAAGGCCCUGGACCAGACGCACCAGGUGCUGCACACCUGGGCCGCCGGGACCUGGGACGCGUCGGCGACGAAGAAAGGAAAUAAAGCUGGUGCUGAAGAACAUCAAGGAUCCACCAGCCCGAUGUUGUUCCUUCCGGCGGAGACUUCCGACGUUGUCGGUAGCUCUAGCAGUAUCGGUUUUCAGUCGAACAAGGACGCCCGAGCGGUUGCAAGACGGGCAAGCACGCAGGCGUUCCUGACGCCGAGGGGCGAACAGAACGAGGGAGGAGAUGUUGGGGCCUCCUCUGCCCAAAGCAUGCCGAAUGCGGGAGGUCCUCUUUCGCCCGGUGAGUUAGCGGACGGAGCGAUUGGAGAGGCGCUCGAGGCACUGGCCGAUGACGCAGAGGUCACGGGCAAUGUGAAGAAAACGCUGAACGACUUCGAGCUGGCCCGCAGCAUCUUCUCUUCCGCGACCAUGAGCCGGCAACGCGCCAACACGGGGCUCCAGCCGUUGUCACCUCCGACAAGUGCUGGAAACAAACAACAAAUCAAAUCCCCCUCGUCCCCGUUGGGGAAGCCUUUAUCCCCACAAACGUUCCCGGUUGUGGCCGCCAAACUGCUCGCGAAACAGCAGGAGGACGACAUUACGUCCAGCACGAGGCAGCUGUUCGAAUUGUUGCAUCAAGUUAUCCAGUACGAAAAAACUGCUAUUCACUGUAUAGGAUUUUGGAAGUCACGCGACGUCACAAGUUUGUUAUACAUGAACAUCACAGAGAGAAAAAUAAGUUUGUUCCAUGCGAGGUUCAUCCUAGUGGAAAACAGGUCUAAAAAUCACUUGAUGUGGUCUUGCAUUGGUACAAACAAGACAACCGCUUCAUCUGCGAAGCAUUUUCUGCAUUACAGUGCGAGAGUUUUUUCGUGCGAUCCAAGUGGACUUGAAGUUAAAGGAGGAGCGAAUGGAGAAGCUGGAAGCGCAGCACCGCAUCGAGCACACCGAGGAGCUAGAGCAGGCGCUGGACCAAUUACAGCGUAUCUUUGCGGAGAUUCAGGCGGACCAGGGGAAGGUCCUGGACCGCAUCCACAAGCUCUCCGACGAGAGCACGGCGGUGCAGGCGGAAAAUACAAGGCUGGUGGCGGAACAUCAAGAUUUGAGAAGGUGCUUAUGUUGAUGUGGUGUUCGUUUGCGAUUAAGCGUGCUUUUCAAUGAAUAUUGUUGUUGUAUGGCUUUGAGUUCAUUCCCACAUUCACAUUUUUGCUAAAAAUAGCAAAAACACAACAUCAGAGUCCGCGUGGAGCUUGGUUUGGCGGAGGAUACGAUCAAAGGAUUGAAGCAAAAUCGAGAGAAACUGCAAGAAGAAAUUGCUCGACUGAUCGCGGACACGGAAACCCUAGGACAAAACUACGCGAAUCGGGUCACGGGUCUAGAGAAGGAACUGAAAAAGGCGGGGAUAAUUAGUACAACGGGUGCAGGAGCAGCUGUUUCGUCUUCUGCCACUGCUAGUACAACACAGGGCAAAAAUUAUCCAACCGGAGCCGGUAAUAUCAAAGCUGCGACAUCAUCAAGACGAACCCAAGGAGCUGCCUCGAGUGUGUCCUCAUUUGGUUCAACCGGGAACAGCAUGGUAAUGGCGACGCGAGACAGCAGUAGAAAACAAAUUUCCACCGUCUCAUCGACCAGCUUCGGCUCAACAGGGACCUCCUUCUUCCGGGGAGGGCGUAACCCAGCUGCGGAGGGCUCCGUCAAAGUAGAAGCUGGAGAUGAUGUAGUCCCAGGCAUCGAAGAGGAGGAGGAGGUCGAUUUGCAACUCAAAUUGCAGGAGAAGGACCUGGAAAUCGCGAAACUGCUUUCCGCCGCGAAAAUCCACCAGCGUUCCACCGCGGAUCUGAAGAAAACCGUGAAACAGUUGCAGGUUCAGCUGGAGGAGGAAAAAACGAAGGACGACGAAGUCGCGAAACUGCGCAGGAAGGUCCGGCUGCUGGAGAAAACCAAAUUCGACGUGGAGCAGAAAUUCGGGGAGUUGGAACGGGUAAACGACCAACUGAAGCGGAAGCACGAGGUCAGUAGCGACGAGGUGAAAGACUUGCAACGCAGAGUGGACGACCACGCGGGGAAAGAAGGGGGCUGGCGGAAGCAGCUGGAAACGGAACUGCUGCGCGAGAAGAAGAAAAUGGUGGCAGAAAUGGCGGAAGCGAAGAAAGCCCUGCGGGCAGAGAUGGAAAGGACCUUGCUCAAGCAUCAUGAUCAGGUACUUACAAAAAUACAUAAAGUAUGGUAUUAAAAAAGAGUAGGAAAAUCAUUUGGUAUCGAAGUGCAGCUGUUUUCAUCUCUGGCAAAAACUAAACUGAAAAAAUAAAAGAUCCUUCACAACUUUGCGGAGCAAGAGAUCGAGGCGCUGCAGUCCGCCUUUGCCGAUGCCGUGCACAACAGCGCCCACGUUAAGGAAAAGGUUCGAAAACUGCAUCAUCUUGGUGGUCGCGUGCAUUUCUUCGAGAAGCGACUGACAGUUCCGACAGCAGUUGCGGGAGGGAAAAACAAAUCUUCUCGAGUUGGUGCUCCUGCAGGUGAAAGCAAUGACUCAAGCUACGAGAGCGACGAACCGCUCGAUCCGGUGUCUGACGUGCAGCUGAAGAGGCACGCGAGGGCAAAGGCGCUCGUCGUCCUGAACCGAAAUAUCGACGACGCGCUGGCCACUUGUGAACUGGAGAAAGCGCAUUUGGAAAAGGAGAAAGAGUCGGAUCACGCGAGGAAAAGUGGCUACAUUGAGGCCCUGGAGCAUCGCGUGAAAUCCGCCGAGAAAGAAGUGGACCAGCUGCACAAGGAUCAGGACGAACACCGCGAGCAGCUGGAGUCGACCAUUACCAGACUACGGAGCCAGCUGCACCAAACAACCGUCACCCACAAAGAGGUCGGGGAACAGCAAUCGCAGCGAAACGAACACUUAGAGCUGGAGCUGGGAAAAAAGGCGAAGAAAGUGCUGCAGUUGCAAGCGGAAGUCGCCAACUUGAGGGAGGAAAAGGCCGCGUUGAUGCUGGACAAACACCAUUUGAGUUUAACGGUGGCCCAGUCGGACGCUGCUGCCGCGGCGAAUGCGGUUGCAGUUGUUCCGUCGGGCCAUCAACAUUUGGCGGAUAAGGUGAAGAGAACAUCGGUGAAUAAAGCAGAAACUAUUAGUUCAACAUCUUCUGUGCACCAGGCGCGCCUGUCCAUGCAGGGCGAUCGGCUGAAGGAGCUGCACAGGCGAGUUUACAAGUACUUAUUGCACGCUGAUGUUGUAGUUUUGCUGCUUUCAAUUUGAUACAAACAGAAAGUUUUCACCCGCAUGUCUCGUGGUUGUUGUUCUGUUUUCUUCUCCAGGCCCAGAGUUCAUACGAGCUGAAAAUGAAUAAAUCCAAUUUCAUCAUACAGAGACCUCUCCCUCGACAUGCUUUCUAGCGGCCAUCACCAGUUUGGCCUUCGUCGCACAACACUUCUCCGUUGCGCUCUUCGUGGAUUUCUCGCGAACGUGGUCGACAAAGGAGUACUACCAACUGUUGCACGACAAGAACCACAGCCAGCAUCUUCUUCGUUUUCCUCACAAAUGAUGAAAAAGGACCAGCGCGACUUGUCCGGGCACGCAGAAAUCGGGUUUUCCGAUAACAGUGAGGACCGUGUUAAUGGCCAAGAAGGAGACAACUUCGGUGUUGUUGACGAGGGUGUUCUGGUACACGGGAUGCAUACUGUCAAAACAGUUGUGCAUGACGAAGACCGACCGCUGCACAACAUUACUCUCGAGAACCCCAGUGAAGAUCCGAAUUCAUCCACCUCAGGAGAUCACGAUGCUUUCCUGAAGCCCUCGCAGGAGCUGGUCCGCAGCAGCAUGGCGCGAACCAGCGCAGCUUCAUCCUUCGAGAUCGAGCAGCAACGGGCGACGCAGUUCGUCACGAAGCUGAACGUGAGCGGGCUGGGCAUUGCGCAGCAGGAGAGCAUGGUCGAGCGGCUGAUGAACCAGGCGAGGCAGGAGGGCGCGGCGGAAUCCGAUAUCGUUCGGGAGAGAAUCAAACUGCUCGCACUAUUACAAGAGGAGCGAAAGGCGGACGGCCGCGCGGGUUUUUCGGUGCUGGAAAACGUGGAAAAUGACGAGAACAAGGAGCGAAGAACCACCCACGCGGUUCACUUCCCGACCUUUUCCAAGCUGUAUUACCCGGAACUGGAGGAAGAGCUAGAGCAGCCCACGACUUUCGAGUUUGUCCGCCGCACGUCCCACCACGACGAGGAGCACGAGCAGAUUGCGGUCAGCGACGGUGAAAAUGUCUUGGCAGAGUAUGAGGCUUUGGUCCGGAACCGCACGGCGGGCGGGAAUCCGCGGUUCCAGAAGUUUUCGCAAAGAAUUGGAUUCAGCUUUCCUCCCGCAGCUCCAUUGGGAGGCGCUGGAUCUACUGCAAUUACAUCGUCGGCAACCCACCUCCGAGCAGGGGAAAGACAGCGAGUAGCCGAAGUUGACACAGAGCAUCAUCUGAAGCUAGUCGAAGUUGUAGAGAGUCAAGAAGAGGCACUGCAAGAUCAUGCUGCUGAAGAUGUAGAUGAUCAAGUUAUCCAGACGAUCGAGUCCCCACUGUUCCUGUGGUACCCGGAAAACGGGGUGUCCGUGGAAUCAUCCGAUUCGGUCUCGUAUGGAAGCGUCAGGAUCGAAAUCGUCAAAGUUGAAAUGAUUUGCCAUGAAUAAAAUGCAACGCAAAAACUGCCUCUGUUGCAGAGGACGCAAGGGAUGCAGAUUGUAAGCCUGCCGAGGGGUAGAAAUUGAGCUGCUAAAGUAGCAUGACAAAAGGCGUCUUCCUUACCAAAACAGCAUUACAGACUCGAUUUGAGUUCUACCCAAAUUUGUCAUGCGCCACUGGAAAACUAGGCGCCAACUGGUAUCCGUUUUAUGCAUCACAAAUUAUUUCAAAUUCAACUCUGACGAUUUCGAUCCUGACACUCCCAUAUCUCGCAGGAGAACAGUAGCGGCUCGAGGAACAACAUCAAGCGCUUGGUCGCAGUGCCGCCCGCGGCUGCCGUGCAACCGGCGAAGGGAGACGAGUCGGUUGGGCCGAUGCUGGGAUGCGAUACGUCGCGGUAUAAUGUUCUUUACCACCCAGAGACGCCGAAAACCCCCUGGCUGUAGAUGGGCAUGGGGGGGGAGGAAAAUACGCAUCGCCAUGCUGUGCAUGAUGUGCUCUUUCUGAUAAUAAUUAUGAUUAUCGAUUCGUAGGGGAGACGAUGACGAGUUUGAAUUCUGUUCAUAUACUGACAAGAAAGCAUCUGCAUUGUCGGCCUACAAUCGGCCGAGAAGUUACUUCUACCGAUAUUUUAUCACCGUUGAGAAUCAGGUUUUCUGUUUGAAAAAUUACAGCUUGCAUUUUUAUCCAGUUCACGACAAAAUUUAGUAGCGAUUUUCACUCGAGUUUUCUGUACAAUUUUUGUUUCCUAAAUUUGAUAAAGGUAAUCCUCAUCUCAAAUUUUAUCGUGUAAAUUCGUUGAAUGUUGUUUAUGUGUGCAUUGCAAUUCGUGUAUUUCUAUUUUGUUCGUUACAUGCAUCACAUCUAGAUGAAAAUUCCUUUUCGAAGAAACGAUGCGCUCCAAGAACAAGAUUUCCCAGAGUAGCGCUUGCGCUUCCUUGUGGUCUACGCCACGCUCCAAAUACAAGGACUAUCUCCGACGAAUUGAAUUGUUUCACCAGUGUAUGCUAGUCCCAAAACGAAAUCGAAGAAAGAAGAUACAGUUACAAGAGCC